ACUGGAGUGAAGCCACUGUCCACAUCACAACCCGUUAGAUGCGCCUGUGCGGGCUGUGAGUGCAGCGCCUUCCAGCCGAAACUGACGGCCAUCCGACAAUGCACCGGAUGCCAACAUUCAUGGGUAUUUCACGCAUUUUCAAAGUUCCAGAAUCUACCAGCAUUCUUCGACACUAGCUUGAAAUCCGACGCCAGUCUUAUAUUUGUGAUGUUUGAGGCAAUGAGCAUGGCCCUUCUUGGCUGCCAUGCUGUGCCGAUGCGGAUAAAGAUUCUCUUGGACAGAAUCUGGUCAGUUAGCCGUUUGCAGGUGGAUUUGACGCCGUUCCUCCUAUCAUUUGGCUGGACUCUACAAGAUUACAGUCGUGGAUACAUGCUUACGGACCACAAGGGCCAACUUCGCGAUCGUUGGGCCUGCUGCCGUAUAGACGAGGAAGCUCUUAUUAUCCAGCAGUUUCUCCGAUUUCUCGAAACUCGUCACCUAGCCUACGAUAUGCUCGUCACCCUAGAGGCCGAUGUUAACGCGUCUGGGAUAACAGGCAACUGUGCAACUCCCUACUCCACCUUGACUUCAACUUUAAAUCCGACCAAACAAGGCCCACCAACCAACUGGCCCGGCAUCUCCAUCCCUAGUAAACGAAGUCCCAAUUCACAAUUCGGUCUCUCAGACCUCAAGCAUGAAAACUUGCAGGGCAAGUCCACGGUCCCAGGAGGUCCCAAUUCCGUCCUAGCACUAUCCUCCGCCCCUUCCGCGUCU